UUAUAUAAUUAUUUUUGAAGAUCUCUUCAUAUGCGUUUCUAUUCCUUUUCUUUUUCUAAUUUUGAAGGUUUCUUUUUCUUUUCUGAUUUCGAAGUCUUCUACAGCUCCCACGACCUCUGUCCCCGACGGCUUUGGCGGCUUCGACGGCUUCCUUCUGAAAUGGCGAAGGGUUUGAUAUGGGCAACGGCAGAAGACUUAGCAAGAAACCGAGGGAAAGUUGUUUCAUUGUACCGACAAAUACUUCGGAGCCUUAACUCUCCUAUAUUGGAACUGAGUUUAGCAGCAAGGCUUGCAAAGAAAGCAGAGGCACGUGCCAUUUUCAUGUUGGGUUCUGAAGAGCAUUACCUUCAUAACAUUGAAGAUCUCAUUGAUGCUGCUGAAUACUCUCUUUCGCUUUUGAAACAAGGCAAAAUCCCCAAACUUAUCCAAUAAAGUUUGAAUAUUUUACAGCCUUUUGUCAUUUUGUCUAUCAGACUUGAAAUUUUCGGACAAUUUUAGCAGUACCCUUGUUUUUUAUAAAGAGUGGAAUGUGCUUUCCAAUUUUUGUAUAUAACAUUAAUAUAUAUUCAUAAUAUCAAUAUUGAACCCAAACUGUUACUUGUGGUG